CAACUAUGGCGGAAUAUUCUCUCCUGUGCUUGGGAAACCCCCUCCUUGGUAUGUGCUAGUGUGCUCGUUUCUGCGAGUUUUCUAUCCCGCUUCGUCUUUCCAGGGGAAUGUGGGUUAUUGGUUGAGGCUGUUGGUGAAUUGACUGACGGUAUCUCAUGACACGGGAAAAAAAAGAUAUCCAAGUCAAUGGGUAUUUCUAUCUUGAUCCUUUAACAUGAUAUUUUUUUGCUAACUUUACUCCUUUUAAAAGUGAUCAAGCUCUCCUCGAUAAAUAUGGAUUGAAACCUAACGAUGCUAUCCUCGCUGACGAAAAGCGCCUCCCCAUAUAUGAGGAGAUAACUACUGGAUAUUCACCAAAGUACCUUGCUGGUGGCGCUGCUCAGAACUCUGCUCGCGGAGCUCAGGUGAUCAGGAACCUUUCUGGGUACCAUUAUGGAGAAAAACUGAUGAUUCUGUGAGAUUUAGUAUAUGCUCCCUCCUAAGUCUGUGGUCUACGUCGGAUGCACCGGCCAGGAUACCUUUGGCGAGGCCCUUACUAGCGCUUGCGUGAAAGAGGGUGUUCUCACUAAAUAUCGCAUUGAGAAGGAACAACCCACUGGCCGUUGCGGUGUUAUCAUCACCGGCCAUGACAGGUCCAUGGUUACUGAUCUUGCCGCCGCGAACCACUACAAGCUGGAGCAUCUUAAGUCGCCCGAGGUCUGGUCAUAUGUCGAGAAUGCUAAGAUUUACUACGUCGGUGGUUACCAUUUGACCGUUUGCGUUCCGGCAAUCCUGGCUCUUGGAGAACAUGCUGCAGAGACUAACAAGGUAUCUCGUGAUUGUUUUUCAACUGAUGUUUUGAACCGUUGGCUCAUGGCUAUGGGAGGAAAUAGAUCUUCACUAUGAACCUCUCGGCUCCUUUCCUGCCUCAGUCCUUUAAGGAACAGCUCGACUCCGUCGCGCCUUACUGGGACUACUUGAUCGGGAACGAGUCCGAGGCGUUGGCUUAUUCCGAAUCUCACGGGCUUGGGGUUUGACCUGCUGCACCCCCUCCGUUUGAUGUCAAUUUUUAAUGGAUAAGGACUAGACCGAGGAUAUCACCGCGAUUGCCCAGAGUAUUGCCGGUCUUCCCAAGAAAAACUCUUCUCGUCCUCGCACCGUUGUCAUCACCCAGGGAACUGAUCCCACCAUUGUGGUCACCGGUGGCCCAAAUCCUAUUGUUGAAGUCUACCCGGUUAGGCCUAUUGAGGCCAAGGACAUCGUGGAUACCAACGGAGCGGGGUAUGUCUUAUAAUUGCCAACUAGCUGAUUUCGGUUUGCUAACAGUUCGAAGCGAUGCCUUUGCUGGUGGUUUUCUUGCUGGACUCGUCCAAAGUAAGGAGCUGAAGACGGCAAUUGACAUGGGCCAGUGGUUGGCAAGUUGGGGGAUCAGGGAGCCUGGUCCAGCGUGAGUAUCCCGCAUUUCCUUUGCUUGCCGUAACAACGAAGGUGAUACUAACCCGGGAACAAACAGAUAUCCCUCUGGGAAGAAAGUCUACGGCGCUUGAUUAGCUUGUUAGAUACAGAGAGGUUUCAACACAUUUCGCCGGGUCUGGGCAUGGCAGGUGUUGCAGGGUUUGUUUCAACACAAUAGUCACUUUUUCAAUUCCAGGGAUGGUCCAAGAAAUGCGGGUGAUUUCUGUGAAUAAGCAAGUGAUAAUAUGCGGACCGAGUCUGGCUUGGGUAACUUUUGGAAAGGCGGGCCAUCUAGGAAGUUUGCCAUAAAAGACCUCCUGCUGGUAUAAUAUCGGUUGUUGUAGCGCAUUGGAAGCAAGUACCGAACAGAGUGGUGGCAGGUCGGUUUCGCUUGAAAUUAUCCGUAGCUGCUAGAUAGAACCAUCCCCGCAAGAUGGUUUUCGAAUCGAUAGGGGCGGGAGGAAGGAAAUACCAGAGUUUUUAUUUUUAUUCAGACCUGUUAGGGGAACGAAUUGAUUAACCAAAA